AUGGCGCAUCAGGAUCUCAUAUCAAUUGACUGUAAAGGCUGCGAGGCGGUUCUCUGCAUCUCUACUAACGCAUUUUACACAAUUGAUGGACAGUAUUUGACCGCUGAAAAUGAAGAUCUCUUCUCUGCUCCUGGCAUGCAGAUUGGCGGCCGAAGAAGGAGCGGGCUCAAAGACACCCAAUUAGAGAGCUUUGUUGUUCAAAAUAUCAAUUGUUCCGGCUGCAAGGAUAUCAUAGGAUGCAAAGUCUUGAAUUCCAAGGAUGAUGCUGGACUGAGCGAUGAUAGGAUCAUCAAUCGCUAUCUCAUCAAUGAUAAAAAUGUGACCGCCAAGUCUGUCACAACCCAAGCUCCAGCUGCGCUCAACACAAGGCCUUUUUCAUUCUCGAAAAUCAAGCGGACUUUGCAUUGCAAAAAGGGCCAAGCAUCAAGGAUUUCAACGAGUUCGAAAGGCAAAACGCACCACUAUGUCAGCUCGACUAGAGACUCGUCAAUCGAUGCCACUGUCUUGCUGGAUAGCAAUGCAGGCAAACAGUUCACCUCCAGCAAGAUUCCGAAUGCUGGACCUUUUGAAGCCACCUCCAAUACCGCUGUUGACUUAUCGGCUGUACUUGCCGAAGUAAGCGACCUCAAGACAGAAAUUAGCUGUAUGAGACAAGACAUAACCAAAAGCAAGGUGGAGCACGGUCAUGCUUCGACUAAACUCAAUGCAGCUGUAGAUUCGCUCGGUGGGCUCGAGCAAGAUCUCACUGUGCUCCGGGAAGGGCACAAGGUAUGUUCAAAUGAGAUUCGCGCUCUAGAGACCAUGGCAAAUAAUGAUAACGAUUCUAUCCGCCGCCUCUACGAUCAGGUCCAGAAUGUAGAGAUGAAUGUUGCACAGCUGAUUCAUAAACAAGAUGAAACAUUUGCGGAAGGGGCAUAUACGAAAAUGCGUAUGGACAGAUUGAAAGGGAAGAUUGAAUCGAUGAGUACGGAUAGUACUAUGGAUAGCUGCAUGAAAUUCAUGCAAGUGAAAUUGAUGUCCGAUUUCAUGAAUGCAACAACGAAAUCAAUGACAGCAAUGGACACUAGACUCGAUGAGAUGGAGAUGCUGGAAACAGAUGUAACAGAAUUGCGCGAGCAGGUGGCCACUCUGCAGGCUCAAAACUUUGAUCUUUUAUGUCAGAGCUCCAGGAACAUUAACGAGGAUCAGAUAGUGAUUCACGCAGCAAGACAAUUGGUACUUAGCUCAGUUGAUCACCAGCAGGAGCCUGUAUCUCAUGUGCAAGGUAAUAAACGUCGGCGAAUUUGCGAGGAUGUGACUGGAGAACAGUCCGACCAGAAAGGUAAAGAUACCAGUCACCUCACACCAUUGCCGACCACCGAGAAUAUCCAGACCGAAAAAGAGUCUUCAAGUGAGCGGAGACAUUUCUCGAAUGAAAAUAAGGGAUCAUCGCUUCGUGGUCCAUCUGUCGUUAUUAGGUCUAGCCCUCAGCGCUCUCCAGAAACUGCAAUGACAGUGGACAGAAGAAGCUCGCGCCGUUUCCAAUGUUUGGAGCAAGACACCGAGAUUUUUUUAGAAACUCCAAGAUCGAGAGACGCUCAAGGAUGUCUUCUCAAACCAGACGGUACAAGAGACUUACGAAGUUGGAAUCGUUUGAAUAAAUCAAGACAAUCGAGUUGA